CGAAAAGGUCCGGGCACAGCGAAGCCACUACGCGCAACUCAUCCCUGGAGCAGCCGGGGACUUCCACUUGGAAACUGGGCAGGCUCUCCCGGCACAGGCGCCCCCUUCGUUUCCCGCUCGGUUUGAUGCGCGCCUCGCAGGUGACAGUAUUGUGGCAAAAGGAGAAUACUGUGCCAUGGAGGAUACAUUGCAGAGCCCUUCUUUCUAAACGUUCCAAAGGAUGUUAACCACCAGUCCUGAGUACAGUCAGCUCUGUGACAGCAGCCUCCAAGCUAAAGGAGGGGAAGAAAGGAUGCCCAGUCCCAUGAAAGCUGUUCAUGGCAUAAGGAAACGCAAAGACUUUGUGGUGCAUCAAGGUACUCACACAGAAGAGAAGCCCAACAUUUGCAUUGAGUGUGGGAAAACUUUCAGCCAGAGCUCCAGCCUGGCUAACCACCGGCGAACGCACUCUGAUGAAAAGCCCUACAAAUGCCCUGACUGUGGGAAAAGCUUUGGCGUCAGCUCCAGCCUGAACAGACACCAGAGAAUCCACACAGGGGAGAAACCCUACAAAUGCCCUGAGUGUGGGAAAAGAUUCAAUGACAAAUCCAACCUCACCCAGCACCAGCGGAUCCACACUGGGGAGAAGCCCUACAAAUGCAUUGACUGUGGCAAAUGCUUCAGCCGCAGUUCCCACAAAAAGCACCACCUGCGACACCCGCUAGGGAAGAAGCUGAACAAGGGCGCCCAGGCAGACGGUGCUUGUGCUGCUGCUGGCACAAAAUCGAAACCCAGGCGGAAAGUGGAGGUGGUGAACACCUGCACAGAGUGCUGGCAGAGUUUCAGCCAGAAUGCAGAUCUCAUCAAGCACAUGCGCAUCCACACUGGUGAGAAGCCCUAUCAGUGCAACGUCUGUGAAAAGAGCUUCAGUGUCAGCUCCAACCUCUUCAGGCACCAGCGAAUCCACACAGGGGAGAAGCCCUAUGUGUGCUCAGACUGCGGGAAGAGAUUCACUGACAAAUCCACCUUGGUUCAGCACCAGCGAAUCCACACUGGGGAGAAGCCCUAUGCCUGCAGGUUUUGUGGCAAGAGCUUCAGCCACAGCUCCCAUCACAAGAGACACGAGAAGAUCCACAAGGGAGAAUACCCUUUAUUAGCUUACCCUGUCCCGCUGAGCUAGCCAGGCAUUGAGAGAAAAGUAUAGGGGGUGCUAGUGAGCAUUUGUUUUUGGAAGCAUUUGAACAAGCUAGAGGCUAGCAUGGGCUCAUGAUCUGAUUGACCACUGGAUUUCAGUUCAGUGAUUCUUGGAUCAGACCCUCUUUUUGAGCUAGAGCGCUCAUUUCAGAAAGGGAUCCUCCAGGCUACUCAGCAAAAUGGUAUGAUAAAGAUUUUCCUGGACCUGCAUGUGUGUGGAAGGGAGGAGCAUAUAUUUUAAUAUCCUUGUCAUUGACCACACUGGAACCUUUCCUCCUGAUGUAUUAAUUUUCCACAUACAGGGAGGAAUAUUUUUUGUAACAUAGAAGAAUUAUUCAUAACUGCAGUCUGAAAUGGUAUGUGCCAAGAAAGGAUCUGCAGCAGGAUUUUGCCACGUGUUGAUCAGCCUUUGGUCUCUGCCAUUUUCUUGCAGAGGCCAUUCUGGCAGUGGAUUAGCAUCUUUAUUGAAAACAAAGUUCUUACUUCCACAGGAAACUUGUUGAACACUCUGCUUUUUGCUAACCUCAAAUCCUUCCUGCUGUUAAAAACAAGAUCUGUUUGUAAAGCUACAUACAGACUGUGGUUCUGCCAGUAUGUAAACAUUUCAACUGUAAGCUAAAGAGUUUUUAAUAAGCAUGUCCAGACUUUGAAAGUGCUAUACAGGGACCAUCUCCUCUUUUUCAAUGUACUUUUCAUAGGAGAGAGAGGGAGGGGCAACAGUAACUUGGACUUCACCAAUUCCAAAUAAUCCUAUUUUCAAAUGAAGACUGAAACGGAAUGUGGAAAACUCCUCAAAGAUCCAAGUUUAGAUUUUCCUGUCCCUUGAGAAUAUUGCUGGUUAUGUCAGGACGUUUUAUGCUUCCGUUGUUUAUAUUUCCUCUUUACAAAUGUGGGACCCACAAGGUUUUGCAAGAGACAUACCAUUUUCUUCUCCCCGACUCUUUCCUCUUUCUUUUUCCUGAAAUCCCCCAUAGCCUCUUCCCUUUUUCUCCUUCCUUCUCUCCUUCUCACCCGCCGGUCAAUCUACCUUUAUCUACCCCCCUGUUUUCAUUCCCUCUCCUUGGCAGCCUUUCCCCAGGAAAAGUCUGGCCCAGUUGCACCAUGCCAGCUGCUGUGCUGGUCAAAAUGUGUGGUGCUGGGUUGGGCUGGGUCCAGUUGCAUGAUGGGAAACCUGCAAGCACUCCUAGGGGAGAGGAAUCUCACUUCCUCCAUUCCUCCUGGCAGCCCCUAUAUCCUCAAUUUCCCUUUGUUUCAUUCCCACCCAUCAAGCAACCUACCUUUUAUCUGCCCCCCAUCAUCAGGUAAAUCUAUUUACUUCAUAUGUAACCCAUGUUUCUCCAAAACGGGGACCCAAAGCAGUUUAUAUUGUUCUCCAUUUUAUCUUCAUAACAGCCCUGUAAGAUAGUUUAGGCUAAGUGUAUGUGACCAGUCAAAGGUCACCCAGUAAGAUUCCAUGGCAGAAUGGGGAUUCAAACCUGGCUUGCUAAGAUCCUAGUCUGACCACUACAUCAUGCUAGUUUUAAUGGGAUGGUUGCAAGUGAACAGUAGCAAGAUGCCAGGCCUGAGUGAGUCAUGCAAGCAGCAUGGUAUCAAGUCACCUGGUAGUUACUGGUGGGCCUGGCUCCAAUGAGUCCUCCAUUAUAGACCAAAACAACUCUGGAAAGGACCCUGCCCCCUCCCGCUGCCUUUUAUUGAUAGGCAUCAAGGCUUCUGCAGGUAAUGUUGUGGUUGCCUAGCAACAGCCGCUGAGGGCAUUCAUUUCUUAAAGCUUCAGUUUCUGCUUCUAUUAUUUUAAAGGGUUUAACACACACACACCCCUCCCCAGUGUAUUUUUAAAAAAUAUUUCUGGUUUUUCUUCAAAACGGGGGCUCAGGUUUGUAGAAAGACCAGUCAUUUCUCUUCAUGGUUCCAAUCUCUAGAUUUAAGUAUCCACAGCUUUGGCCCCAUUGAGUAUUAGAUACAUGGAUGUAAGGCAUCUCUUUGUCAUUCCUAGUGUAUCAAAUAUUAAAUUGACCCCUGUCUCGCUACAAAAUCACAAUAUAAUUAUGGAUUUCAAUUUUUAAAAAAGAUUUCCUGUUUCAUUCUGAAUGUGUCCUGAAGGGUGCAAGGCUCAGUUCUUCUUGACUCAAAAGGACAAAACAGCCAUGUCCCCUUCAACCUGCUCUGUCCCAUUCAUCAUCUUAAGUGCUUACUAUAUCUCAGUUAUUUUCCCCUUUCCCUUUAACAGCACAACUGAGCUGAGUUUUCAUUUGCAAGGAACACACUGGAAAUGUAUAAUAAGAUGGCGGACCUUUGCCCGUCACUUGGCAUAUUUAAUUUGCAUGGAAUUCAUAUGAUAUACAUUAAAAUGGCAAGUGGAGGCUCCAUAGAUUCAAGCUCUGUUGCACUUUCCCCAUAGUGUCUACUUUACAGGCUACCUGUGUUAUUUCACAGACAAUCACUUGUUAAUUGCGACCUCUAUUUUCAUUGUUUAUAUUGUCACUUGGGGUCAUGGGUUUAAGAGGAUGGUUUCAACGCAUUGAAGAGGUUUAUUGAAAAAUGUUUUCAUCUUCUGCCAUGUUUAGGGAGGGAGGGGGAUUGAAAUGCAAAAAAUAUCAUAUAUCUAGGAAGCUAUUUUUCAUUCUCAUUUCAGAGGAGGUCUCUGGGAGACCAAAGUUAAGUAAGUUUGACAGACUACCUUGAACUGUGAUGGAGAUAGAUCUUCAUCCUUAAGAAGAUGUCAUCAAUAUACUGUUUGCCAUUUACUGAACCCAAUUUAAUGAUUGUCCUGUACAUUUUGAAAAAGGAUGAUCAGAACUCAGUAUCAUAUUUUUGAGAAAGAUAAGCUAUUUUAGUUUUUAUAGUGCAGCAUUUUUAUGCAUCCUGUUUGUUCAAACUGCACAGUAAGAGGAGAUUUUUGCCCCCAGCAAAUUCUCUACUCUGGAAUUUUUUUUCUUGAAUCAGUUUGAAACUUUGCAAAGUACAUGUUCAGGUCCUGUUGUCACUUCCUGAUCGGUCACUUAGUGCUGAGAAGCUCCUACUGGCUGCUAAAAUAAAGGGAAAAAUCACUUUUACAAAGUCAUAAGGCAUUCUACAAAAUUCACUGUCACGGCUUUUAAGCCCUUCCCAGCUGAAUUAAGUCUCUAUAACAGAAUAAAAUAAG